UUCGGUCGCUCUUUGAUUUUGGGGUUUUAUUUGAAACGCUUCGAAAUGAAUUUUCGACCAAACUUUCUACUUGCCUUGAGCGUGCAAUUGUUGUGUUUCGUUUCUGUUCUGGAAGCCUAUUCAAAUGGAAGUCUGACAGAUGCUUGCUACACCAUGGCUCCUGUACAUGGAGAUGCUCAACCAAAUACAGGUCCCUGCUCGUAUGAAACGGCCCUAUCUGAGACGACGAUCAUUCAAGGAGAAAGUCUCACUAUCACAUUACGAAAUAUUACAAAUAAUUCUUUCAGAGGUUACAUGACGAUGGCCUUCGAUGCCUCCAAACCGGACGAUGCUGGACCAGUCGGAACGUUUGGUAUGCCGACUGACGGCCAGAUAUUGAGCUGCCCAGAUGGUGCUAAUAAUACUAUUUCUCACAAAGACAACAAUUCUCUCAAGAGGAAUGUGCAGGCUAAUUGGACGGCGCCGGUUGAUUUCGUUGGCACUGUCGUCUUCAAGACGACCUUUGUGAAAGGAGAAUCCACAUUCUGGGUAAAGGAACCGUCAGCAGAAAGUGUUACUAUAUUGACCAGUACGCCCAGUACAGAGACUCAACCAAGUACACCAUCUCCAACAACAGUUCCGCCGAGUGGUGCACCCUCGCUUAGCUACAGCUGGAUCACUGGAUUCAUUCUACUUAUGUUGGCCUUUUCUCAUUAACAAUUCAAAGCCGUUUGAAUUUGAAAGGAGCCCGCGCCAAGCCUAACCUGGUGAAACGGAUGCAACAAUAAUGUAGUUCUUGAUAGUAUUUUUUACUGUAAAAUAGUUUCCGCAUGCAAUAAAUUGUAUCAACUUGUCA